ACUAGUCGAGCGGUCGCUUGCAUGAUGGCGUCCGCGGUGUCUCGCUGUGCGGGGCGGUGGAUGUCGAUCGCGGUGUUCGUUGGGCAGCGCCAGGUGACACUGACACGCACCGAGGGAUUUCGGGUUGUCUCCGGGCUGAGAGCGAAGCGGCACCUGUCAACGCGGGGCGCGGUGUUGGGGCUCCCGGUCCCCGCCGGUACCGGUCUUUGUGGCCCCCCCUGUGUGCGCCCCUUCCACGCUAGCGCCAGCGUCUCCAACAAGGAGGACUUCUACCAGGUGUUGGGGGUGCCGCGCACCGCUUCCCAGAAGGACAUCAAGAAAGCCUAUUACCAGCUCGCCAAGAAGUACCACCCUGACACCAACAAGGAUGACCCCCAGGCCAAAGAGAAGUUUGCCAAGCUGGCAGAAGCCUAUGAGGUGCUGAGCGACGAAGUGAAGAGAAAGCAGUACGACACAUACGGCACGGCUGGGUUUGACCCACAGCAGGCUGGGGCAGGGCAGCAAUACUGGAGGGGUGGAGCCACGGUGGACCCAGAGGAGCUCUUCCGAAAGAUCUUUGGGGAAUUCGCAGGCGGUCGUGGGUUCGGUGACUUCAGCUCCAUGUUUGACCAGCCGAAUGAGUAUGUCAUGGAGCUGACAUUCAUGCAAGCGGCUAAGGGUGUGAACAAGGAGAUCACAGUCAACCUGGAGGACACAUGUGAGCGUUGCCACGGCACCGCCAGCGAGCCCGGUACCAAAGUCCAGCACUGCCACUACUGCAACGGCACAGGCAUGGAGACUGUAAGCACAGGUCCGUUUGUGAUGCGUUCCUCCUGUCGGCGCUGCGGUGGACGGGGCACCAUCAUUACCACACCAUGCGUCAUGUGCCGGGGAUCGGGGCAGACCAAGCGGAAACGCACGGUCACGGUACCGGUCCCUGCUGGGGUGGAGGAUGGCCAGGCAGUGCGGGUUCCUGUUGGGAAGAAAGAGAUCUUCAUCACGUUCAGGGUGCAGAAGAGCUCAGUGUUCAGGCGGGCCGGGGCAGAUAUCCACUCCGACGUGCACAUCUCUGUAGCUCAGGCCAUUCUGGGGGGCACAACAAGGGCCCAGGGCCUGUACGAGACCGUCACCAUCCCGGUCCCACCUGGAACCCAGAUGGACCAGCGGAUCCGCCUCGAGGGGAAGGGCAUCCCCCGGGUCCACAGCCAUGGCCGCGGUGAUCACUACAUCCACAUCAAGAUCCGCGUCCCCAAGAAGCUGACUGCCAGGCAGCGAGACCUCCUGCUGAGCUAUGCUGAGGAUGAGACUGAUGUGGAGGGGACGGUCAAUGGGAUCGCUGCUACAACAACAGGUGGGGGCGAUAGGUCUCAGAGGUCUGAGACAGUGCAGGACAGGCCAGAGGAGAAACAGGAGGAAGGCUUCAUCGCCAAGCUAAAGAAAAUGUUUGUCUGAUGGUCUCUGGGGAGGCAAGAGAUCUGUGGGUAACUAAGGAGUGCGGUGCGGGUGCGUCAUGUUCAACCUCCAAAGCAUGAACUUGGAAAGGACCCCCCCCCCACCUCAUAUGAGCACCACAGGCUGGAGGGGGGGUGAUCUCUGACCUGUUGCUGGACCAGGAGGAGCUCAGACAACCUGCACCUUCAUCCUGUCUGCCUGGAGACAUCUGGCAGGUUCUUGGACUGAACUGACGACGAGGGGCCUGCAGCAGGAACCGUCCGUCGAGCUGGUGUGUGUGUGUGAGAGAGAGAGAGAGAGAGAGAGAGAGAGAGAGAGAGAGAGAGAUCUCUGUGUGCCGUUCUUUGUAUUGGCACUGUCCAGCGUGGGAGCAAACCACCAUUAACCAUGGAAUAGAGAAGGAAUGCUUUGUUGUGUCUUUGUUUAGCUCCAGGUCGUGGCUGGUAUCUAAGGUCAGCACCUGGUUUGGACCUUGUGGACCACGACUUAGUAUCUCUGGUCUCAAACCUUUAAUUUAGUUCCAUGCAAGCGGUCCUUGAAUUACUAUGGGGUUCCGUUAUGACAGUCUUGUCCUAAUUCGACUUUGGUGUUAGUUGAAAAUCCCCUUGUAUUAUAUUGUAAUGACAAUAAUAAGUGACCCAGCAUAAAGGUGUCGGCCGACCUGGUUUAGAGAAAAGCCUCUGGAAAAUGAAUGUUUAAAUUAUAAAGAUAGUGAGUGGGGGAAAUGUAGUUUUUGACACUUUCUGUUCCACUGUUAAAGUUUUUCCUUUAACUUAAACUUUCUGUACUAUCUUAUGGCACUUAUUUACACUCAUCGUGUUAAUCUACCGUGUUAUUUAAUACAGUAGAUCAAAACCAGGCACAAUGCGCAGUGAGAAGUUUACGUUUUUCCAGAAUGGGUUUGCAUCAUUGCUGAAUCAGAUGGUUGCAUUUUUCUAUGCAUCACGUUAUGUCUGAGUUGGAUUUAAUUAAAAAAAAAAAAUCAUUAAAUCUCUACUGCUGUGUUACAUCUUUGAACGAGGUACUUUCCCUGGGGUGACAGUAAGAACACCAAACUAUAUAAAUGGGUAAAUUAGUGUAAAUUUACUAAGUCAUCAUGAACCAUGUAGUCUGAUUGAAAAAUAAAGAAGAAUAAUUGUUGAA